UCAGGAUAAUCAAUAAUCUCCCAAAAACAAAAAGUAGAACCUUAUCUUGAACAUCAAAUAUCUUAUCCAUUAUAGUUACACAUGUCAUAUUCUUAUUCUAUAAAUUGGAACCAAACAUCCUCAGAACAUUAGAAGUUACACUCCAAAAUUCACAAAACACACUCUAAAAUGCAGACAGCUUUAACCUUUGCAGCCACCAUCACCGUUGUGCCUCUGACAACACCAAAGAGUGUCUCGCAUCUUACUAUUUUCCCUACCAAAUUCACUGCCUCACGUGCUUCUCCACCUCGUUACACUGCAAUCAAAGUUGCUUCCGGGAACUCUGACCCUGCAACAGUCAACUACAACUCAGCAUUCUCUGUGUUUCCAGCUGAGGCGUGUGAAACGGUUGGAGGGGAAGCUUGUUUGGCAGACAUGUAUCCUGAAGUGAAGCUUCAGCCAGAGGCAAGUAAUGACGCACCAAAAACUGCAGCUUCAGAGAACAUUGACAGAGACUAUCUUGAAUACAAUGACCCUAAGACGGUUUUCCAAGCAGAGGCCUGUGAUGAUCUUGGAGGAACUUUCUGUGAACCUGAUUAUCAAAAGGGUGUCUACUAGAAGAAAUGAAAAACCUAUUUUAUUGCCAUUAUUCCCCGAGUAUUUCAUACUACCUUGUCAAUGUGUGAUUGUAGUAUUGAUUGUACAUAUAUAUAAUGAGUUGUGUUUUUUAAAUAUCAAAAGUUUAUGCAACGUUGUAUGUGCGAGUUA